ACCGAACCAUCCGGUCCGUUCAACUAAGGAGCUAUCUGGACAGCAUUGGAACCUGCCUUAAAUACGCAUCAUCGUCUGAAAGCAACGGCCAGGUUGAGAAAACCCACUCAACGAUAAUAGAGACGCUAAACGCAAAUAAACACAAAUUCCCGAAUUUAAAUACAGUUGCCCUUAUCCACUUAACAGUUUCUUUUUAUAAUUCCAGUGUCCACUCUUCGACGGGAUUUACUCCAAACGAGGUUUUGUUCAAUCAGGAGAACGUUGUCAUCCGACAAGAAAUUGACGAAUCGGCACGAGAACUUUUCAUUAAGGUAAAAUCAAAUUUAGACAGGGCGGCAGAUAGACAAAGCAAACAGAAUAAAUAUAAAGAAGAGCCCCCUGUUUUUAAUGAUCAACAAGAGGUUUUCAUCAAACCUAAUAUCAGAAAAAAACUAGAACCUAGAGCUAGACGAACUAUUGCACAAGAAGUCACUGAUAGAACUUUUAAAAACAGUAGAAACAUUAAACGACACAAGAAUAAAAUUAAAAGAAUUAAAUCAACUCAAGCUUAAACAUGUUAUUGUCUCUCAUAUUUUUCAACCUAAUUUCAACAUUGAUUAAUUCACAACAUUUAGAAAUGCGAAAUCUUUAUUCAGACCCUGUACUUUUAUUUAAACUUAGAGAAUGUAAAAUCCAAACAGGCGUAACAAAAAUCAUUCAUCCAAUUAAUUUGACUAAUAUAGAGAUUAACGUACUUCUUUUUAGCGAAAUAGCCAAACGAACAGAUAAUAAACUACCAAUGUCAAAAUUAUUAUUUCAAAAAAGUAGGGCAUUAGUUAACAACUUUUACCAAUUGAAACCUAUUAGUAAUAGACGACACAAACGCUGGGACAAAAUUGGUCAAACAUGGAAAUGGAUGGCAGGCAGCCCCGACGCGGACGAUUUGAGGCUUAUUAACAGAACUUUGAAUGAGCUUAUAAACGAAAACAAUCAUCAAAUUAGGGUGAACGACGUUAUUAACAACAGGAUUCAAGAGAUGUCAUACACCAUCAAUAAUUUAAUCAAACAACAGUCAAUUACCAACAAACUCAUAUUAGAGGAAAUUGACGCUUUAACUCUAAUACUGUACAUUGACACCAUCAACGAUGUACUUGAGGAAAUCCAAGAUACAGUAAUAAGGGCGAAAAUUUCUUUAGCAAGCAGUAAGCUUCUUACACUGAAAGAGAUAGUUUUCAUGGAUUCACUAUUGCAGGAUCAAGGAGUCAAACUAGAAUUUCCACAAGAAGCGCUCAAUUUCGCCAUACCAAAGAUAGUCACAAAACAUGAUCUAUUAUUAUACAUACUAGAAAUUCCUGAGAUAGAGAAAAGAUCUUCUGAAAUUAUCGAGAUUUUCCCUCUCACAGUAAACGGAAAAAUAAUAAUCGACUUACCGAGAUUCAUUGUCAAGUCGAAGGAUCAAAUCUUCACAACUGUUAAUCCAGACAAAUUCGUUCAGCGAUACUCAGACUUAAAGUCAUUGAAAGACAAUUGCACCUACCCAAUAGUCAUGGGUCUAGCAAGUCAUUGUAAUGCACAACAAUCAUUGGAAAUGCAAAUCACUCUAAUUUCGGAGAAUAAACUUUUAGUCCAAAAUGCAGAUCAAACCAAAUUAUCAUCAAGCUGUGGACCAGACGAUAGGAACCUAUCGGGCAAUAUUCUCAUCACAUUCAGCAACUGCAGCAUCAAUGUAGCCAACAAAACCUUUAUGGCUACAGAGAUAAUCAGCCCCACCAAGGAAUUGCAAGGAGCAUUUCCAAGCUUAAAAAUUCACUGGAACGUCAAUCUCCAACCAAAUAUCUCAACUUUAACAAAUCAUACUAUCAUCAACAGAAAGCACAUCGAGAAUAUCAAACUAGAGCAGUUUUCCCAUCAAACCUGGAUAUUCAGCCUAAUAGGAGGAUUGUCAACCACAACGAUAAUUAUUUUCGGAAUAACGAUCUUUGUCUGUCUCCACAGGAAGAAAAUAGUAGUCAAAAUUAAAAGCCCACGUCUUAGACAAAAUGCAACAGGACAAACUGGUAUCUCCAAGAAUCUUGAACACCCUACAAAGGAUCAAAACAAGGACGAGGACGUCCUUUCUUUACCCCCCGGAGGAAUUAUGUUGCACACCCAAGAAUAACCGAACGAUCAGCAGAAUUCCCUUAGCAACAACCACACCGACCCACAUCAGGAAUAAGCACAUCAGCACCUUUGCACCGGACGUCGACCAUCGUGCCAUGCAGAGACCAUUGGCCCCCGAAUUGCAGUAUCAUCAAGUUUUAGCUAUUAAGUAGGGCCCAAUCAAUCGAGUUCAGUCAGUUAGUAUUCAGUUCCCAUUCUAGAUAGUUAAUCAGUGACUUAGUUCGUGAAUUAAUUGUAUCUUAAUUUAAGUAAUGAGUAAAUAAAUUGUU